AGUUUGCUUAAGCUGACUCAAGCGGACUUCUCUGGCCUGGAGAAACUGGAGUUGCUGAUGCUGCACAGCAAUGAGAUAAACACAAUCCCUGAGAAGGUGUUCAGGGAUUUAUCUUCAUUGCAGGUCUUAAAAAUGAGUUAUAACAAGGUCAGAGUGCUUCAGCAGUAUGCCUUUUAUGGUCUGAGGAGCUUGGUACGGUUGCAUAUGGACCAUAACAAAAUUGAAUUUGUAAAUCCCAAGGUCUUCUAUGGACUGACAUCACUGAGGUUGGUUCACUUGGAAGGGAAUUUACUGAAGCAGCUUCACCCAGACACUUUUGUUUCCUUACGCUACAGCCAGAUAUUUAAAAUAUCCUUCAUCAAGCACAUAUAUUUAUCUGACAAUGUGUUGACUUCAUUACCACAAGAAAUGUUUUCCUCCAUGUCUGAGUUAGAGAGCAUUUACCUGCAUGGAAACCCUUGGUGCUGUGACUGCAAUCUGCAGUGGUUUGCAGAGUGGGCAAGGCAGAGACCAGAUGUUAUAAAGUGCAAAAAAGACAGAAGUUCAGGUGCUCAGCAAUGCCCAAUGUGUGCUAGUCCCAAAAAUCAUAAAGAGAAAAGCUUAGUGGAUGUUCCUUCUGCAUCUUUAGCCUGCAUGAAGCCAGCCAUACAUGGCUCCCUGAAACUAAAAAACCUCACAGUGCCAGAUGAUGGGGAUUUCAGUGCCAUCUCUCCCAAGGACUUUGUGGCUCCUAUAGGAUCCAUGGUUUUGAACAUGACUGAUCAAGCAGGAAAUCGAGGUAACUUGGUUUGCAAUAUCCAAAGCCCUAAAGAAAUGUCUCCCAUCUCAUUUGACAAAGAUGGCAACAGCACAGUACUCAAAACAUCAUUCUCAUCAUUCCUUGUGUGUGGCAUUGACUAUGAACAUAUUCAGCAGCUAUGGAGCAUAUUGGCACUGUACAGUAACUCUCCCUUAAGACUGGAAAGGAACAUCCUAGCAACUAACACACCUUUUCUUAGUUACAAAUAUAAACAAAUCUACUCUGAAAAAGAUGACCUCUUUACCAAUAUAGAGGUUGAACUGAGAGCUGAACCACCUUGGUUAAUGCAAAGGCAAGUAGCAUUACAGCUGGACAGGACAAAAACCACUCUAAACACACUGCACAUCCAGUACUUCACAGAUGCUCAGAUUAUUUUGCCCAGAGCUGAUGAAAACCAGGAGGGAAACAGCUGGGCUAUCAUCUCCAGAGACAACAGAACACAAACAGAGCACACUGUUCUAGUCGGGGGCACCGUCCAACUGGAGUGCCAAGCAAGUGGAGAACCAGCUCCUGCAAUAGAGUGGCUGUUGGCUGAUGGAAGCAAAGUUAGAGCUCCUUACGUCAGUGAGGAUGGAAGGAUCAUCGUGGUGAACACUGGGACGCUGAUGCUACGGGCAGCUGAUACCUUUGACACUGGCCUUUACCACUGCAUAGGCACAACCGAGCAGGACGCAGAUGCCCUGACGUUCCGGGUCACGGUGCUGGAUGCCCGGGUGGAGCCCGGCGGAGCGAACGGAGCCCGGCUGUCCGCGCCGGCUGGCAGCACGCUCGACCUCCCCUGCACGUCCUCAGCCGUCCCUGACGCUGCCGUUAGCUGGGUGUUACCUGAGCCUGUGGUUCUUCAUCAUUCUGCGAGGAACAAACAGAUUUUUGACAACGGUACCUUGAGAAUCCAAGGGGUGACAGAGCGAGACAGCGGCUACUUCCGCUGCGUGGCCGCCAACCAGUACGGGGUGGAUCUGUUGGUCUUCCAAGUGCUAGUUAGACAGGAUGAAACCACUCCAAAGAAAAAGCAUGUAGUUGUGGGAGAAGAGGAAGAAGAUGGUGGCUCUGGUGAGGUGGUGCUGGUCUCUGCAGCAGCACAGAAACAUCCACUAGCUCCUCUGGCUCCCCAGACACCUGGUCAGGACUCUGCUGCCUCAGCAGCCCGGAACCGGGUCCCACAGAGUGUGCCUACAAGGAACAGCUAUGGGAGAAUGGCUCACAGGCACUCUGGGGACAAGAGGGGCAGGCGGUUCAGGGGACACAGAAGACAGUUUGUUUCCUCAGCCAGGAGAGCUGAUCCGCAGCGCUGGGCAGCCCUCCUGGAAAAAACAAAGAGGAACUCAACGUUGACAGAAAACCAAGGAGAAGUUGCAACAAAACCACCUAUUCAAGCCCAUGAGCUCUCAAAACUAUCUGAGGAUGAGGAGGAAGCCUCUGGUGACCUCUUGUCUCCUGAAGAAGAAUUCAUGAUCCCAGUAACAGAGACAGCCCCUGUGCCUGCUCUGGGAAGAGCUGUGGUACCUGUAGGGCCUGCAACGAUCGUGAGGGACCCCCCUGCCAGGACCACCUCUGCCCCAGCUGCAGGAACUCCUCUCCCCCCUCCUUUGUCAGGGUCUGGGGCAUCUGACAGCAGAAGGCCACAAGCAUAUCUAAAACCUACAAGUACAAACUCAGAGGAAAGAUCUGAUUUAAGUCAAAUAUCAGCAAAGGGUAUAAACCAAUCAAGUCUAUCACAUGGAGGGAGCGGAACAGCUACACUCUCCCCUGCUGGGCAAAGGCCGGUAUAUUCUGGAGAAAGUAAUAACCAAUAUUUAAAAUCUGUAUCUACUACACCCAUGACAGGUGUUACAGUCACCAGCAACUCCGUAACUUCCCAUAAUGCAGUGGACAAGCUCCAUGUUUUUACUGAGUCUAUUGAGAUUUCUACCAAAAUAGAUCAUCAGACUCCUGUAGUGACAGGCAGGGAACCAAGUCCUGAAUUUGGUCACAUUUAUUUUCAUAGUACUCAGAAACAAGUAACUCCAAAGCCACCACUGGACUCAACUAUCAAUACUCAUCAGCAAACUCAGAUUAUUCAAGACACCCAUACACCUCAGGCCCAGCAGCACCAUGGAAGACAAAGGAAAAUUUCUGGUAGGAGACAAAUUGUUAGACCCGGACAGAUUUCAAAGAUGAAAGAGCACAGAUACAAUUUUGGGAGGUCAGGAUCUGUUAGAGAAAGUACAGGUCUGGCUGCAGAUGUUCAACUGAAUACGAAACACUUAUCAACUCUACCAACCUUAAAAAACUUCAGCAGCUCCAUGAACCCAACUAGCCCAGAAGCACCUCUGUCCUCUCCCCCUACCAUGAAUGUGCCACUGGAGCCCCCAGCAGGUACUCAUGUAAGCACAGCAUUCCUCAGGGAAGAGAAAAACAACCCCAGUGCAAGGCAAAAAGCUACUACAACAGCCAUGCCCUUAAUUACAAAAGGCACCCAAGAUACUCCUCAAUGGAACUUAGAGACCAGUGCUCCAUUUCAGACACGAGAAGAGGUCCCUCUUCAGCCGCUGUCAGAACAGACAGAUGGGUUUCCAUCAGUGCAGGCAUCGACCCUGCUUCCCAAAACUCCAACAUCAGCCGUGCCCAGGAUGUCUCCUUUGCACUUCCCACCCAUUUCAACAGCCACCAAGAUCACCAGAAGGAAAACGUUCCGAGGGGGAAGAAAGAGAGGUCAGAGGAGGAAGAAGCCUCCCGUAACCUCUGCUUGGCCAAGGCUCCUCACCGCCCACGCUGGGAAGGCCCUGGCAGUGCCGUGCAGGGCGGAGGGCAGGCCUCCCCCUGCCAUCUCCUGGGUGCUCGCCAACCAGACGCGCGUGUCCCGCUCUUCGGCGGGAAACCGCAAGGUCCGCGUGGAAGCAGAUGGCACUUUAGUUCUUGAGGAGGUCACCGUUUACGACAGGGGCCUCUACACCUGCACGGCUACCAACCCAGCGGGCAGCGACACGCGGGCCGUGAAGCUGCAGGUCGUCGCGGCGCCUCCCGCCAUCCUGGAGGAGAAGAGAGAACGUGUUGAAGGAGCGGCGGGGGGAAGUCUGAGACUCCCCUGCACUGUAAAAGGGAAUCCUCAGCCCGCUGUCCACUGGGUGCUCUUCGAUGGCACGGUGGUGAAGCCUCUGCAGGUUGCAAACGCAAAGCUGUUCCUGUUCUCCAAUGGCACCCUCCAGCUCAGCAACAUGGUCCCUUCUGACAGCGGGAAUUACGAGUGCAUAGCCACGAGCUCGACGGGCUCGGAAAGGAGGGUGGUGAGCCUGGUGGUGGAGCACAGAGAUACCCUCCCAAGGAUAGCUACUGCCUCCCAGGAAAUGACUCAGUUGAAUUUUGGGGAUAAGCUGCUUCUGAACUGCACAGCAACUGGCGAGCCAAAGCCCAGGAUCAUCUGGAGGUUACCUUCCAAGGCAGUUGUUGACCAGUGGCACAGAAUGGGAAGUCGAAUCCACGUCUACCCCAACGGCUCCUUGGUUAUUGAGGCAGUUACGGAGAAGGACGCAGGUGACUAUUUGUGCGUUGCCAGAAACAUAAUUGGUGACGACCUGAUUCUGAUGAAAGUCAGCAUCACAAUGAAGCCAGCCAGGAUUGACCAGAAGCAGUACUUCAAGAAACUGGUGCCAUACGGAAAAGAUUUCACAGUGGACUGCAAGGCCUCAGGGUCACCCACACCAGAAAUAUCCUGGAGUUUGCCAGACGGGACGGUGAUCAAUAAUGCCAUGCUGGCGGAUGACAGCGGCCGCAGGACCCGCAGGUACGUCCUCUUUGACAAUGGAACACUGUAUCUCAACAAAGCUGGAGUCACAGAAGGAGGAGAUUACACCUGCUACGCUCAAAACACACUGGGCAGAGAUGAAAUGAAGGUACACAUCACAGUCGUCAUGGCAGCCCCGCAGAUAAAGCACAGUUACAAGACAUACGUUCAUGUGAAAGCUGGAGAUACAGCACUAUUGGACUGUGAAGCUGCUGGAGAACCCAAGCCCAAAAUAUUCUGGUUGCUGCCUUCCAGUGACAUGAUCUCCUCGUCAACAGCCAGACACCUCCUGCACGUCAAUGGCUCACUGUCAGUCAGGCAAGUCAAGCUGUUGGAUGCUGGGGACUAUAUGUGUGUUGCUCGUAAUCCUGGAGGGGACGACACGAAACUGUAUAAACUGAAUGUUGCUGCUAAACCACCCAUCAUAAACGGUUUGCAUGCAAACAAAACCAUCAUGAAAGUGACAGCAGUGAGGCACUCAAAGAAACACCUCGACUGCCGGGCAGAAGGGACACCCUCCCCACAGAUUAUGUGGAUCAUGCCUGAUAAUAUUUUCCUCACAGCUCCGUAUUACGGGAGCAGGAUUGUAGUGCACCAAAACGGGACACUUGAGAUCCGGAACUUAAGGCCUUCUGACACAGCAGAUUUCAUCUGCGUGGCACGUAAUGAAGGGGGAGAGAGCACGUUGGUGGUGCAGCUGGAGGUGCUAGAAAUGCUCAGGCGACCCAUGUUUAAAAAUCCAUUCAAUGAAAGAAUAAUAGCAAAACCUGGAAAAACCAUCACAUUGAAUUGUUCUGUGGAUGGAAACCCUCCACCUGACAUAAGCUGGAUGUUGCCUAAUGGCACUUGGUUUUCCAGAGGCAUCAAGACUCCCCAGUUUCUCACAGGAGGCAGCGGUACCCUGACCAUCUACAGCCCCGACAGGGACAGCGCAGGGAAGUACCGCUGUGCUGCCAGGAACAGCGUCGGCUACAUUGAAAAGCUGAUCAUCUUGGAGGUUGCCCAGAAGCCCAAUAUUCUCACCCACCCAGCUGGGCCAGUGAAGGGCAUCAGCGGGGAGCCCCUGUCCCUGCACUGCCUGUCAGACGGGAGCCCCAGGCCCCACACAGCCUGGACCCUGCCGGGGGGACGCGUGCUGCACCAGCCGCAGCUCAGCGGGAGGUACCUGCUGCUGGAGAACGGCACCUUGGUCAUACGAGAAGCCACCGUUCACGACAGAGGACAUUACGUGUGCAAGGCCCACAAUGAUGCCGGAGACUCCUCUGUAACUGUUCCUGUGGUCAUUGUAGCCUACCCCCCGAGGAUCACCAGCAGACCUCCGCGGAGCCUUCACACCAUGCCUGGGGCAGCAGUUCAGCUCCACUGCGCAGCACUGGGAAUACCAAAACCAGAAAUUACCUGGGAAUUACCUGACCACUCCAUACUCUCUACGAGUCAGCAAGGCCGAGCACUGGGGAGUGAGCUGCUUCACCCCCAUGGGACGUUGCUCCUCCAGAACCCCCGACCCGCUCAUUCUGGUGCGUACAAGUGCACAGCGAGGAACCCUCUCGGCAGCGAUUUCACAGUCACGUACCUGCACGUCAUUUGA